ACAUGGGGGUGGCCCUGGUCUUCAGGAGCCAUUGCCACUUGGAGAAUUGGACAUUUCCUCUGAUGAAUUUAUUCUGGAUGAAGUGGAUGUUCACAUUCAGGCACAUCUGGAGGAUGAGUUAGUAAAGGAAGCUCUUAAAACGGGUGUGGAUCUCCGUCACUAUUCAAAGCAGGUUGAGCUGGAGCUACAGCAGAUUGAGCAGAAAUCCAUUCGAGAUUAUAUCCAGGAGAGUGAGAACAUAGCGUCUCUCCACAACCAGAUCACAGCCUGCGAUGCUGUUCUUGAGCGCAUGGAGCAGAUGUUGGGAGCUUUUCAGAGUGACCUCAGCUCUAUUAGCUCUGAGAUCCGGACACUGCAGGAACAGUCAGGAGCCAUGAAUAUUCGGCUUCGAAACCGCCAGGCAGUUCGGGGAAAACUUGGGGAACUUGUCGAUGGUCUGAUAGUGCCCUCUGCUCUGAUCAUGGCCAUUCUGGAGGCACCAGUGACAGAGCCCAGGUUCCUGGAGCAGCUGCAGGAACUGGAUGCCAAGGCGGCUGCAGUCCAAGAGCAGGAGGCUAGAGGCACAGCGGUUUGUGCUGAUGUCAGAGGCAUACUUGACGGGCUACGGGUGAAGGCGGUGACGAAGAUCCAAGAGUUCAUCCUUCAGAAGAUUUAUUCCUUCAGAAAACCAAUGUCCAACUAUCAGAUCCCCCAGACGGCCCUGCUCAAGUACAGGUUCUUCUACCAGUUUCUGCUGGGCAAUGAACGGGCAGUGGCAAAGGAGAUCAGGGAUGAGUAUGUGGAAACGCUGAGCAAGAUCUACCUGUCUUACUAUCGCUCUUACCUAGGGCGGCUCAUGAAAGUGCAGUAUGGGGAAGUUGCCGAGAAGGAUGAUCUAAUGGGUGUGGAAGACACAGCAAAGAAAGGAUUCUUCUCAAAGCCUUCCCUCCGCAGCAGGAACACCAUCUUCACCCUGGGGACCCGUAGGUCUGUCAUCUCCCCCACUGAAAUGGAGCCCCCCAUCCUGGUGCCCCACACUGCCCAGCGGGGAGAACAGAGGUAUCCAUUUGAGGCCCUCUUCUGCAGCCAGCACUACACCCUCCUAGACAAUUCUUGCCGUGAAUAUCGUUUCAUCUGUGAAUUCUUUGUUGUAUCCGGCUCGGCUGCACAUGAUCUCUUCCAUGCUGUCAUGGGUCGCACCCUUGGCAUGACCCUGAAACACCUGGAGUCCUAUCUCACAGACUGCUACGAUGCCAUUGCUGUUUUGCUCUGUAUCCACAUCGUCCUCUGGUUCCGUAACAUUGCAGUGAAGAGGGAUGUUCCUGCCCUGGACAGGUACUGGGAGCAAGCGUUUGCCUUGCUGUGGCCACGGUUUGAGCUGAUCCUGGAGAUGAAUGUCCAGAGUGUCCGAAGCACUGACCCUCAGCGCCUAGGGGGGCUGGAUACUUGGCCCCACUAUAUCACCCGAUAUGCAGAGUUCUCGUCUGCUCUUGUCAGCAUCAAUCAGACAGUUCCCAAUGAACGGACAAUGCAGCUGCCAGGACAGCUACAGGUGGAGGUGGAGAAUUUUGUCCUCCAAGUGGCAGCUGAGUUCUCCUCAAGGAAGGAGCAACUUGUGCUUUUGAUCAACAACUAUGACAUGAUGCUGGGCGUGCUAAUGGAGCGGGCUGCAGAUGACAGCAAAGAGGUUGAGAGUUUCCAGCAGCUGCUCAAUGCUCGGACACAGGAAUUCAUUGAAGAGUUGUUGUCUCCCCCUUUUGGGGGUCUGGUGGCAUUUGUGAAGGAAGCCGAGGCUUUAAUUGAACGUGGACAGGCUGAGCGACUUCGACGGGAAGAAGCCCGGGUUACUCAACUGAUCCGUGGCUUUGGUAGUUCCUGGAAAUCAUCAGUGGAGUCUCUGAGUCAGGAUGUAAUGCGGGGUUUCACCAACUUCAGAAAUGGAACCAGUAUCAUCCAGGGAGCUUUGACCCAGCUGAUCCAGCUCUAUCAUCGCUUCCACCGGGUACUCUCUCAGCCCCAGCUCCGAGCUCUCCCUGCCCAGGGGGAGCUUAUCAACAUUCAUCACCUUAUGGUGGAGCUCAAGAAGCACAAGCCCAACUUUUGAUGCGCCAGACCCUGG